GUGCGGGGCUCCAUCUCAGGAACCGUGAGGUCAUGACCUGAGCUGAAAUCAAAAGUUGAACACUCAACUGAUUGAGCCACCCAGGCGCCCCAAGAAAACUACCCAAACCUCUGACAACAGAUGAAUGAAGAAACAAAUUAAGAUGUAGUCAUAAAAGGGGUUACUAUUCAGCAAUAAGAAUGAACCACUGUCCAUACAUGCAAAACACGGACGCUUCUCCCGAACAUCAUGCUAAGCAAAUGAAACCAGGUAUGAAAAGGUAGCAGGCUGUGUAAUUCCGGGGAUAAGAAAUCACCAGGGGCGGAGGGCCGGGGAAAGGCACUGACUGCAGAGGGGCACAAGGGAACUUUGGGGGAUGAUGAGAGUAGUUUGUAACUUGAUUAUGAUGGGGGUUGCAUGAGCAUGUGAGUCUGUAAAAACUAAUAGAACCGCACACUAAAAAAGGUGCAUUUCAUUGUGUGUAAAUUACACCUGAAAACGUUACUUUUUAGAAGAACUAGAAGAAGAGGAAUAGGAAGAAGAAAAAGGAGAAGGAAAAGGAGAAAAGGAAAACGAGGAGAAAGAGGAGGAGGGGCCCAGGGAGGAGGAGUAGCGGGAGGAAGAAGCUUAACACACAGGAAUGAUAAUAUUCCCAGUGGAGCCAUCACGGAACUGGUCCCUGUCACUGUGACGUGCAGGGGUGGGAAUAUAAAAGCACAAGACCUGUCCUCAGUCUAUGAGAGCUGACAGUCCAUUGGACAAGUGCAGUUUUCUUCAAGAUCUUCCAAAGUGUGAGGAAUGACAGAGCAAAUCUCACCUGGUCCUGCCCACGGGGGUUGAAAGGAAAGAGUCUCUGUGGUUUGUUAGGGUUCCCUCCUUCCUCUCCUCCAUCAUCCCCCACCCCGCGCCCACAGCCUGCGGGUGCACAGGACCUCAGGCUGCACAGGCUUGGGAAGAGCCGUUUCCAUGCAGCAAGGGCCGUUCUCCCAGUGCCCUUUGUCCCCAGCCUGGUGAUCUGUCCAGGGUGGAACUCCUCUUUCAAACUAAGCCAGGACACAGCUUUGUGGGGAUUCUUAAGGCCACCAUCCCAUUGCCUCUGUCUCUCACCCUCAAGGCACUUCUACUCCUGGGGUGCAGAGCCCUAUCGUGAGACCUGUGAGGCCCUCUUCCUUUCCUGCACCUAGCGCAGCUCCCCACUCCAGCUGCUUCCAGGUCCUACCACGAGCCCUUUAUCUACUUGAUAAAAAUGAUAAAUGCUCGCCUCUCUGAGCAUGGGAAACCUAAAACCACAGGAUGUAAGUCCUGCUUAUCCAUUAAGAGGAACAGGGAUACUUUAUUUCUCAUUAUGAGCCUACAGCUCAGAAAACAAGGGAUAGAUAAGUUUCUCAGCCUGGGUUUUCUAUCAUUCUGCUGCAAAGGCCCUGUUAUAAAACAAAAAGAAGAGAGAGAAGGUGCUGGAUGUCUGGUGGGGUGAGAGGCCCCAGAGAGCAGUCAGUGCAUGUCAGUGGGGAGGUAGCUUUGUGAGGGUGAGGCCAGUGGCAGGCAACCUGAGCUCUGGCAGCAGAUACCACCUCGGUGUCCUGGCACCGUGCCUGGUCUGUCUGAGGCCAGCAUCUUGCUGGCUGAAAUGUGUGUGGCUGUAGAAGAAAGGAAACAGGGUUGGGUGACAGAGUGGAUGGUUUGAGGAGGUUGAGCCCAAAGAAAUCCCAGCUUUGGGGCCUUAGAGGGAGGUGGCAGUUGCAGAGAAUAAGAAAGUUGGCCCAUAAUUAAGAAUCAGAUGAGGGAAGGCACCAAACUCCCACCCAGCCUCCAGCCACCAGCUGGGUGGGAAAGGGAAGCAGGUGUAUUCCUUGUUGUGUGUAACCUGCCCACCCCCAGGAUUUCUAAGAAAUGCUGGGCCUGUAUUUCUUGGUUCUCCUGGGAGCCAGAUGUGUAAUAAUUUGGGUACAUUUUAACUUGAAAAGGCAAAAACAUCCUUCCAGCUGCGUCCUCCUUUUCCUUCCAGGGCCAGAAUAAUGUAGGGAGAGAACUUGGUUCAGAAAUCGUAUGGAUAGUGCUUUUGUUUCUGGGGACUAGGAAAGAACUGUCAGAGCCAAGUCCUCAUCUCUAAAAGGAAAACAUAAAUGUGCUGUAAGUCCUGCUUAAUAAUUCAGAGACCAAACUGAGCCAACUAGAAGCUGAAGUGAGCGAUCAGAUAUACCCACACUCUUCUCUUUUUAUCAGCUUGCAAAUGUCCUGGUUGGCACCUGGUUGGAGAGGAGCAAUCAGCGGGCAAAUGGAGUUAAGCCAUUCAUUUGUUCAUUCAUUCAUUCAUUCAUUCAUUCAUUCAUUCAAUAAAAUUUUCAUGAUUCUUACCAUAAACCAUGCAGACUCAGCUAAAAGCUGAUGAUCCACAUUGGAACAAGGCAAAUGUCCCUCUGCCUCAGGGACCUUAGGAUCUAUGCCAUAGUUCUCAAACUUUAAUGUGCUUCAGACUCCCCUAGAUGGCUUGUUAAAACACAGAUUGCUGGGCCUCAUCUCUGGAGUUUCCGAUUCAGUGGAUCUGGGGUGGCUUAAGAAUUUGCAUUUCUAACAAGUUCCCAUGUGAUGCUGAUGCUGCUGGUCCUGGGACCUUUGAGAACCACUGGUCUAGGCAAUCAUUUCACCUGACUAUUUUUACAUCUUGGCACAGCAUGGCUCACUUGGGUAAACUGGAGGAAAUUUGGAACCCUGAACCAGGUUGCAAACAGCCUGAGGUUAGCUGCUUAAGAGCUGUGGUCAUUCCGGGCCCCACAGAGCACAGGGAAUCAAUGUCUUAAUGCACAUUAACCUCUAGGGAGACUAUCCAAAGGCUUUGGCACCCACCCUGAGAUAGGAAGACAUGCAGCUUCAAGAAAUCUAUUGACUUCUUCUAGGAAAUUAAGGCCUCCUUUUACCACUAGCCCAGUGCAAGCCCAUAGGUCUGGGGUAGGGUGCAAGGUGGCCUUCCAGGGUUUCAUCCUUCCUCCCCCUGGAACCUCUGCUGAUUUCCUGUCACAUUCUUCUUCUUUUUUUUAAUGCUUUUUUUUUUUAAGUUUAUUUAUUUUGGGGUGGAGGUGGAGGGUCAGAGAGAGAGGGAGAGAGAAUCCCAAGUAGGCUCCAGCACAGAGCCCAACGCAGGGCUUGAAUUCACAGAACUGUGAGAUCAUGACCUGAGCCAAAACCAAGAGUCGGACGCUUAAGCGACUGAGCCAUCCAGGCGCCCCUCCUGUCACAUUCUUAACAACUUGGAUAGCUCAUUCCUCUUCCACCCUCACAGGUGGAAUGGGCAGGUGAGAUGCCAUUGGGGUCAUUGUGAUCCUUCCUACCUGAGUGGACAUAGGAUCGUCAGGUGGGAUUUUGUGGUGUCUUUCUGCCGCGGAGGCUAGUGUAACUGCCGGGAGUAAGGGCAAGGAGCAGAGGAUGAGGGUGGACGACAGCAACCUUUUGCACCGAGAGCUUUUAAAAUGCAUUCGAGGAGGACAUGCUGGUCAGAGCGACAGCUAGCCUGAAAGUAGAUGCAAAGCCCAUACCGCAAAUGACAGAUCAUCUUGUGAGUCAAAAUCUGCCAAAAUUAUUUACUUUCUAAAAGCUUUAUUGAAAUAUAAUUCACAUCUAUCUAAAGUAUACAGUUCAGGGUGCCUGGCUGGCUCAGUGUGAAAAGCAUGCGACUCUUGAUCUUGGGGUUGUGAGUCUGGGCCCCAUGUUGUGUGUAAGAUUACUAAAAUAAGUAAAUAAAAACUUUAAAAAAAUGAAGUACACAAUUCACUGGUUUUUAGUAUAUUCAGAGUUGUACAUCCAUCUUCUCAAUCAAUUUUAGAAUAUUUUCACCCUCAAAAGAAACCCUGUACCCUUUAUUUAGUUAGUUUUUUAUUGAAAUAGAAAGAGUGUGGGGCGCCUGGGUGGCUCAGUCGGUUAAGCAUCCGACUUCGGCUCAGGUCAUGAUCUCACAGUCCGUGAGUUCGAGCCCCACGUCGGGCUCUGUGCUGACAGCUCAGAGCCUGGAGCCUGUUUCAGAUUCUGUGUCUCCCUCUCUCUCUGACCCUCCCCCGUUCAUGCUGUCUCUCCCUGUCUCAAAAAUAAAAUAAACGUUAAAAAAAAUUUAAAAAAAAAAAGAAAGAAAGAGUGUGCAAGUGAGUGAAGGCAGAGAGAGAGAGAGAGAGAGAAGCAGGGCUCACCCGAAGCAGAGCUCAUGUACACCCGAUGCUGGCUUGAACUCGGGAACCGUGAGAUCAUGACCUGAGCCCAACUCAGAUGUUUAACUGACUGAGCCACCCAGGUGCCCAACCCCGUACCCCUUAGACCCUCAACCCCCCCAACCCUCUUCCAGCCUUAGGCAAGCACCAGUAUUUCCUUUCCGUCUCAAUAGAUUUGCCUACUCUGGACAUUUCAUAGCAAUAGAAUCAUGUAAUAUGUGGUAUUUUGUGACAGGCUUCAAAAUUAUCUCUAACAGAGAAAUAUACCAACCUACAUUUGGGUCCAAAACAUGAUUGGCAGAAACCAAAGAUGGAGACGGAGAAUUUAGAAGUUGUUGCUUAACCUUGGAGCCUCCGUUGUCUCGGGUCGCUGAUUCCCACCUCACAAGGCUGUGGUGAGGAUGUGAAGGUCCAGCCCAGGCCUGGCCCCCAACUGCUCAGCAGAGGGGGACCCUCUCGAGUGAGAUGGAGGCCUAGUGAUAAGACCAACUGUGGAACAGCCUCAGAUCAAAGUAAUCUUCUGAAUCAGUGGCUGCUGUGACUUUCAAAAAGUUAAACCACGAACUAGGGUUAUGUAAGGGGUGUUUUCCCUGCCUCUCACCCAGGAGGUUGUGUCCGGGUGCCAAAGUCAGCAAAGCAGUGCUCUAGGCUCUUUCUUGCAGAAGAGGCACAGGAAUGUUCAGUCCCAUACAGAUGGCUCCUGCUGCCCAAGAGAGAGGAGACCCUCUAGGGACCCCGCUCUCCUCUGCAUUCCCAGAUUUCUCCUGACUGUUGCCCAGGCCUCUCCUGAUCUCUCUGCAGGCCUGAACUGCUGCCUGCCAGGUCUCUGCUGGCAGCUACACAUGCCAAGGCAGAAGGCGUCUUACCUGUUCCACGUGAGCCGGGUGUUGUUGUUGCUACUACAGCAACAGCUUCAUUUUACCUCCCUGCGAAAAGUUCUACCACCAGGAACCCUUUCCUUCCGCUCUGUUCAGAUCCCUGCUUGUCCCCAGUGUGGGGCACGGUGGGAGGCCCGGAACCCAGGUGUGACUCCAGCCUCCCGGGAGAGGAAUGUAGUGGCUGCCAGAGAACAGUCACCGGAGCUGUGGAACAGCACCCCCGGGGCGGGUUCGCAAAGCAGGCUGAGACCAGGGCUCAAGAUCUUUGGAGAAAAGUACUACUAUUCAUCCCCAAAUGAGGAGGGCAGGCUGACUGGAAUGGAAAAGAGUUGACCUGGACCUGCUGGUUGGAGUUGCUGGUUCCUUUCGUCGCGCUCAUGUUGACUAUUGGCCUCAUGUGGCUUGUGACUAGAACCUACAUCAAGAAGGAAAAUUCUC